AUGGCCAAAAGAAAAUCAGGCUUGCUCCAGGCAUUUGCCAAGGUUCUAGGCCAGAAGCCUCCCAAGAAGUCUCGCAAGAAGCCCCACAAGAAACCCAAGCCAGCAUCGGAUACCGAAGAAGGUGAAUCACCAGAUGAGGCGUCUGCGAAGUCGAAGGGAAAGGCGCCAGCAAAAGCGGAAGCCGGCGAGCCAUCCACAGCGCCACCACCGCCAAAGCCAAAGCAGAAAUCCGAGAAAGAGAAGAAAAUGGACGCGCUAAAAGCCAAAAAGAAAGACUUGAAAAGCCAACUUGAAACGACCGAGGGAAAAAUCCGUCAAACCGAGAAGCAGUAUUGCGAUAAUGAAAUGAAAUUCAUAAACUGGUGGCAAAAACGUACAGAUAUAGGCACGCAAGCAGCAAGUGAACUUGCACAGUUACGUAUGGAUGCCUACAAUGAGCGAAAAGACCAGCUUUUAACAGAGAUCGACAGGCUGGAACGUGAAGGCGACAAACUAUGGAAGAAGAUUGGCCAUGCUAAAGUUGAUAUCCGGAUGGAAAUGUACGAGUCAUCAGACUCCUCAGGUUUCUCGGAUUCAUCGAAUUCCUCAUCAGAUUUUUCGGAUUCUUCAGACUCGUCUUAA